GCCGCGCGCUGCGGACUGUGCUCUCCGGACGGCUCCAGCGCCUCCAGUUCCAGGUCGCCGCGUGUCACGUGCUCGCCGCGCAGACCAGCUGCCAGACGGACGCCAGCCAGCUGCCCGCUGACCCGCUGCUGCCUCGCCGAGCCAAGGUCGCCAAGCAGAGCCCGGCCGCCAUGUUGGCGCCUUCCCUCGUGCUGCUGGCCGCCUGCGGUCUCGCCGCCGGCUCCCUCAUCAACGGAACGACACAGACGUGCGAAAAUGAGGGCGAGCCAGUGCCGGCAGACGCCAUCAACGUCGUGGGCGUCCACUGCUUCUCCUGUAUGUGUACGAACGGGCGAGUGCAGUGCCAGCCGCAGGAGUGCCCCAGCCACGAGGGCUGCCACGUGCUCGUCGACGAUCCCAGGAACAACUGCUGCCGGCGCAUCUGCAAGGGGUGCGUGCACGAGGGCGUGGAGCACCCGAGCGGCUCCGAGUGGCGGGACGCCAAGGACCCGUGCACGGUGUUCCGCUGCGAGGCGGGCAUCGUCACCGAGUCGCAGAUCCGCUGCCACGCGCCCUGCCGAGACCCGCUGCCGCCCGCCGCCGGCCAGUGCUGCGCCACCUGUCCAGGCUGCCAGCUGAACGGCCGGCAGGUGUCUCCCGGGUCGACGGUGCGCUCGUCGCAGGACGCGUGCGUGGAGUGCCGCUGCGGCCCCGGCGGCCGGCUUUCGUGCGAGAAGCGCGCCUGCCCCGUGCUGCAGUGCCCGCGCGAGCGCCGCGUGCGGCUCGCCGGCGAGUGCUGCGCGCGCUGCCUGGGCAGCCGCGCGCUGCUGCUGCCGCCCGCCGGCCGCUGCCUCGUCGGCAUGCUCAUCCUGCCGCCGCCUAAAACCACCUGCACCAUAUUCAAUAUUAAAACCUACCAGGAUGGUGAUGUGUGGCAGCCUGGUCCAUGCCACUCAUGUGAAUGCCGACAGGGGCAGGUGCGAUGCGUCAUGCAGAUGUGUCCUCAACAAAAUGUCCCAUGUCCUCCCAACUACAAGCUGGAGCACAAGGCCAAUGAAUGCUGCCCACGUUGUGUUGAAAGUGAUGGUGUAUGCACAGUUUUUGGUGAUCCACAUUAUCGCACUUUUGAUGGGAAGUUCUACAGUUUCCAAGGCUCAUGCAAAUACCAGCUGGCAUCAGACUGUGUAACACACACUUUCGGUAUCAGAGUAACAAAUGAUGCAAGAGCAACCAAGGCAUCCUCAUGGACAAAAACCAUUUCAAUGAAGAUUGGAGAGCUCAAGAUAAACCUGGGACAGAACAUGAGAGUAAAAGUGAAUGGAAAGCGUGUGCAGCCCCCAUACAGACUGCUCAAUAAGAUAUCUGUCAAUAAAACACGCAAUGGUGUUCAAGUGGAAACUUUCAUUGGUGUGAAGAUUGUAUGGGAUGGCAACAGUUUCUUGGAGGUGUCUGUUCCUAAACGAUAUAAAGGAAAAAUGUGUGGACUAUGUGGAAAUUUCAAUCGCAAGGCAUCUGAUGACUUCACACUGCGCCAUGGUGGUAAAGCCCUUGACACAGAUGCAGAAAGGUUUGGACUGUCAUGGCGAGUUGGUGGAACAAAAUCAUGCACUCGCCCCCAGGAACAACUGAAUAGGGAACCACAGUGCCAGAAACCUAAGGUGCAUCAACGAAGUGUUCGUCAGUGUGCUCCACUCAAGGAGAAGCUCUUCAAUGAGUGUCACAAGAAACUUAAUCCCAACACAUAUUAUCAGGCUUGCAUAGUGGACAUGUGUGAAUGUCCAACUGGCCGAUGUCACUGUGAAUCUUUCAUGGCUUACGCCCACGAGUGCCAGAGGCUAGGCGUACGUGUUCACAAAUGGAGAAAAGCAUCAAGGUGUCUCAGCUUCUGGGCAUCACCUCGCAAGAGGCCUCCAUUACGUAAGCUGCAAUAGUCACUCAUCUUCUCAGCACCCUCCUGCUGACAACAAAUGGCACAUCGCUGGACAUCUGUCAGAAAGUCAGGAAAGGUAUCAGCUUAACACCUUUGUGACCUGUAUGUCUCCUGGAAUGUAAAACAUUUCAAAACCUCAUUCAUCCAGGACAAAGAGAGGGGAAAAAAUUGUUGGAAUUUUCUGAAAUGAUCCUACCUCUGUAUUACAAUUACAUUCACUGAAAUGACAGAUAUGUAGUUUUGAAGGGUGCCACAUAUUCCAUUUAUAUAAAUUCAUUGUUGGCUGUGAUGCAUGUAUUCUAGUCAAUAGAUAAUGCUAUUUUAUUUUGACUCUUUAUUUAUUGUAACUAAGUGUAGAUUAAUAGAGCUAAACUGUAAGUAUAUUAUGUACGAUGAUAUAGUUCUCAUAGACAUAAUUUAUAGAGAAAAAUCAGAAUGUAUUGAAGAAACUUGUGUUUUGUUUUUAACAUUAUGCAAUGUCAGAGAUGUUCUUUAUAAGAAGUAUGAAUGCAGAGUUAAUAGUCACCAAAAGAAAAGAUUUUGUCUGAAAGCAUGUUGAAAGCCAUGAUUCCACAUUUUCCUACAUCUUGCAUAGUUACAAAAAAUUAUGUCAAUGUAUAUUCUUCUCAUAAUGUAAAUUAACACAUGAAAAGCCAAAGAUAUGGUGAGCAAUGCCAAGUAUAAAUACUGUCAAAUACAUAACAAAGAUCUUAAAAUUUGUCAUUCAUAAUUUAAAGAUAUGCCUUCCAGUUUUCCUACUCUGGUAAAGAUCACUUAGAAAGAAUGCCAUAAAAUAUACAUAGCACUACAAGUACAGAACAGCUGUUUUGUAAAAGAAUUUAUGAUGGCAAGAAAUGUGAUCAUAACAGACAAAAAAUAGACUGAAUCAACAGGUGGACAGGUUGCAUUUACCUGUGUUUCACUGGAACACUACUCGAGAAACAACUAAAAUGAGAACAAUGGAAACCGCACAUGCCACUAUAGUGUUACUUUAAAACAAAUGUUAACUCCAGUAACAUUUACUUAAAAAAAACUGUCUGCCUUAUGUUAUAUGUAUAUCUCCAAAUUCAAAUGUCUGUGAAACAUUCCAACCAACUGCUUGAAAUGCUAUGCGCAAAACUUUUUACAAGUAAUUUUAUGACAAGACAAAAACCUGUCAUUGUUUGUAAAUACUAUUUAAAUCGCAUAUUUGUUGAAAAAAUAAAAUUUGUUCAGAGGUAUUAUCCUGCUAUGUUAAAAUUUCUAUGUGUUUGUAAUAUGAGUGAAACAAGUCACUGCAGUGAUGUAUCUGGAAAGCCUGUGUAUCUAUCAGAAUUAAAUUUCUGCAA